CAUUUUAAUAAAAUAAAGCUGGGAAUAUCGGCCGUACUUGCAGCGGUCUAAGCAGCCAGGGCACUGAGGAGUAAUCGUCUUGCUCGCUCAGAUCCAGACGUGUCCGUACAAUUCCGCCAUGGACUCUCUGCGGAGCUCUUCCUCCUUCUUCGACAGAGAGAAACACGUCGUUUUCUUGCAGAUGAUGAAUCAGCUCUUGCCUUCAGAUUACCAGGGCCAAGAGAUCAAUCGCCUCACUCUCGCCUACUUCGCCAUCUCUGGCCUUCACAUCUUAGGUGCGCUAGAUGAGGUUGACAAGGAGGAAGUUUCCAGUUGGGUUUUGUCCUUGCAAGCUCAUCCAAGAAAUGAAGCUGAACUGAACAAUGGACAAUUCUUUGGGUUCCAUGGUUCCAGAUCUUCUCAAUUUCCUCGGGAUGAUAAAGGGGUAUUGAUUCACAAUGGCAGUCACUUGGCAAGCACAUACUGUGCCCUAGCCAUACUAAAGAUUGUUGGCUACAACUUCUCAUGUAUUAACUCUAAAUCAAUAUUGACAUCAAUGAGAAACCUUCAACAGCCUGAUGGGAGUUUUAUGCCCACCCAUGUUGGGGCAGAGACAGAUCUCAGAUUUGUAUUUUGUGCUGCUGCCAUAUGUUCUAUGCUGGAGAACUGGAGUGGUAUGGACAAGGAGAAAGCAAAGGAAUAUAUAUUGAAUUGCCAGUCAUAUGAUGGUGGCUUUGGGUUGAUUCCUGGUUCAGAAUCCCACGGUGGUGGAACUUACUGUGCUGUUGCAUCUCUCCAACUGAUGGGAUUCAUUGAACAUGAUAUUUUGUCUAAAAGCUCAUCAUCUUCCAUAAUAAACGUGCCACUGUUGCUAGAUUGGAGCUUGCAGAGGCAAGCAGCUGAUGGUGGAUUUCAAGGAAGAGCCAACAAGGCCAGUGACACAUGUUAUGCAUUUUGGGUUGGAGGGGUCCUAAGAAUCUUAGGGGGCUACAAACUCAUUGACAAGAAAGCUUUGCAUGGAUUUCUGCUGACUUGUCAGUCACAGUAUGGUGGUUUCAGUAAAUUCCCAGGACAACUGCCAGAUCUUUACCACUCCUACUACGGAUUUUCUGCAUUUAGCAUGUUGGAAGAACCUGGCCUGAUCCCAAUCUGUGUUGAACUGGGAAUAGCAGAUAUUGCGGCCAUUGGACACUGAAGUGGUAGACUAAACUUUCACCUGAAUCAGAUUACACAUUGGUGUUCUUUGACAGCAGAUAGGUUGAUUGUUUUAAGUUGUUGGGUUUUCUUCACCAUUGUUGAGAAACUUGGGCCUACUCAAAGACGUUUGAAGUGGGGUUGCCUGAACAACUAUCCCAAGCUCAUGAAUCUCUAUGUUGAAAUGUUACACGAAUUUUAUACCUGAUAUCAAGUUCAAAUUACUUGCCCA